AUGCUUCUUCCUUUUUUUUUCUCAUUUCUUUUUCAUUUUCCUGUGUUACUCCUCUGUUUAUUUUAUGAUCAUUUCUACCUUUUACAGAUUACUGUCUUUCUUUCUUUUUUCUUUCUUUCUUUCUUUCUUUUUCUUUCUUUCUUUCUCAAUAUAUUCAUUCUGCCGCCAUUCUUCUGUUAUUUAGCGAUUGCUCUUUCUCUGCCCUCUUCAUUUUGUCUUUCUUUCCUCCCUUCUUUUUUUCCUUCACGCUUUCUUUAUUUCGCUCUUUCUAAUUUCAGAUCUUUCUCACACACGUUAUUUAUAACGUUUUCUUUAUUUAUUUAUUUAUUUCUUUCUUUCUUUCUUUCUUUCUUUCUAUUCCAUUGCCUUUCCCUUUUUUUAUUACCUUCGAGAGCAAACGAGAACGUCUGUCAGUUUUACUUAGCUGAAUUUUUGCUCCAGACUCGAAUCUCACUGCCUCGACUUGCACGUGAGUAUGAUGGGCGGUGA